AUGCCUACGCCGGUGAGUACAGCCAGGCAAUGCUUGACCCCCGAAGCCGCCCACGCGCUCGACGAGGCGGUACGGGUGGCCAAGAAGAGGCGCCACAGCCAGACGACUUCGCUUCAUGCCGUCUCAGCACUUCUGUCCCAUCCCUCCUCCGUCCUCCGCGACGCCUGCUCACGCGCCAGGAACAACGCGUACUCCCCACGCCUCCAAUUCAAGGCGCUCGACCUCUGCCUGGGGGUUUCCCUCGACCGUGUUCCCUCAUCUGCCGCCGCCGCGGCCGGCGGCGAUGAUGGAGACGAGGCUUCCCCGCCGGUGUCGAAUUCGCUCAUGGCGGCGAUCAAGCGGUCCCAGGCGAACCAGAGGCGGCAGCCGGAGAAUUUCCAUUUGUACCACCACCACAACCAGGUUUCCUCUCAGCAGAUGAAUAAUCAGUCGACUUCAACUUCUUCUUCGAUUUCGUGCAUCAAGGUGGAUCUCAGGAACUUGAUUAUGUCCAUAUUGGACGACCCGGUGGUGAGUCGGGUCUUCUCCGAUGCCGGGUUCCGGAGCCCCGACAUCAAGCUGGCCGUGUUCAGGCCCCUUACCGUCCUCCCUCCUUUCCACUUCAGACCCCCGCCGCCCGCCGCCGCGUAUUCGGAUCCCGGGCCGGGUCGGAGGGGAUUCAGCUUCCCGUUCCCUGGGUUUUCCGGGUUCUUCAGCGGCGGCGGGAGCGAGAACUUCCGGAGGAUCGGGGAGGUUCUCGGGAAAAGCAAGGGGAGGAAUCCUCUGCUUCUCGGCGUAUGCGCUUGCGAUACACUCGCCAGCUUCAUCGAGUUACUGGAGAAGAAGAUUAGAGAUAAGAACGACAAUAGCAGCGGCGGCAUCUUGCCCCCUGAAUUAUCCGGGUUAGCCGUGAUUCGGUUGGAGACCGAGAUCUCCCAAUUUCUCAAUCGAAAUUCCGAUAAGGAAGCCGUCGAUUCGAGGUUCGAGGAAGUGGGUCGGUCGCUGGACCGAAAUUCCGGACCCGGGUUGGUUCUCAAUUUUGGAGAUUUGAAGCCGUUUGUGAAGGUCGACGAAGAAGAAGGAGCUGAUGGAAGAGUGAGUUAUAUCGUUGAGAAAUUGACGAGCAGCUUGUCGCGGGAUAAUAGUAAGCUGUGGUUGAUUGGGGCGGCAGCGAGCUACGAGACAUAUUCCAAGUUCGUGGCGAGGUUCCCUUCGGUUGUAAAAGAGUGGGAUUUGCAGCUUUUGCCUAUAACUACAUCUUCUUCCAUGGCUGCUGAAUCCUCCUAUCCUAAGUCCAGUUUGAUGGAGUCAUUCAUUCCAUUUGGUGGCUUCUUUCCAACACCAGCGGAUUUCAAGGUUCCCUUAGGCAGCAGUCCUUACCACUAUAUGGCGACGCUCUCUCAUCCUUGUGAUGGGCAAGAGAUUGUUGCUGUUUCGAAAGGAGCAUCAUCAGUUCCCUCGGUGGUAGAUCAGUAUCAAUCUGGCCAACGUUCAUGGUUGCAGACUGCUGAAAUUGGCACAGCAAAGGAUGGAAUGUUUAUGAAGACCAGAGAUGAUGGAGAGGUAUUGAGAUGCAGAGCAGUCAGUCUGCAGGAAAAACAUGAUAGUAUGUGCCACAGCCUUCAUCAGCAUCAGUCACCACCGGGUUCUGAUAUUCAUCCAACUCGGUUUUCCACUAUUCUGGGUUUCCAAUUGGCUGAAGACACACAAAGGGAAGUUUCUGAAAAUGAUUACAGCUGCUGCACAACGGCAUAUUCACGGCCAAUGGCAGAUACAUACUCGAAACCUUACUCAUCAUCUGCUGCUAUUGAUUCACAUCAGAUGGUGAGAAGUGAAUCCGCUAGUUGCCGUAUCCCUCUCAGUCCUGCUGAAGCUAGCAAUAACUGGAGGAUCACACCGAAACAUUGUGAAAAGCCUUUCAAUGAAGAUUCAGGCGGUGCUCUCAGAUUUCCUCAGAGUUUAUUGUCCAAUUCAAGCAUGUGUUAUGGCAGUAAGGCAUCUCCUGAUUCUUUGACCACGGAUCUUGGACUUCAUUUGAGCUCCCCUCCUGCUGCCACUGGUGAGCCCAUUAAUCUCAAGGAUCUUUGUCGGGAUCUCUCAGAAAGAGUAGGCUGGCAAGAUGAUGAUGCAAUAUUCACCAUCUGCCAAACCAUAUCCGAGUUCAGGGCUAGAGAUGGGAAACCAGAGGGAGGUAGACUGAGGGGCAAAAACAUAUGGUUCAGUUUUCUUGGACCUGACUGGCAUCGUAAGAGGAAAGUUGCAACUGCAGUUGCCGAGAUGAUUUAUGGGAGCAAAGAAAGCUUAGUGUAUGCAAACUUGAACCCUCAAGAUGGUAACAAUGGUUCGAUGUUGAGGGGGAAAACCGUGGUGGAUUAUGUUGCUGGGGAGCUCUGUAAGAGGCCCAUAUCCGUUGUGCUACUUGAGAAUGUCGACAAAGCUGAUGUUCAGGUCCAGAGCAGCUUGUCUCGUGCCAUUCAAAGAGGGAGGUUCUCCGAUUCACAUGGAAGAGAAGUUCCCAUCAAUAAUGCAAUCAUCAUUACAACUUUAACCGUCAAGGAUGACAGCACUAAGAGAGAUUUGAGUACAUAUUGCGAGGACAAGGUUCUGAAAGCUAAGGGCUGGCCGCUGCUGAUAUCGAUUGAGAAGAAACAACUUGGGCGGGAGUUGAGUCUGUCAGUGACUAGCGAUGGCAGUUCUUCAAGCUCAUCGGUAUUCUUGAAUAAAAGGAAACGUGCAGAUGACAAUGCAUCAACCAGGAAAUGUCUGGACUUGAACCUUCUUCCAGACCAAGAAAACGAUGACCUGUUGGACAAGGAAGGUGAGAACUUGGACAGUGAUGAUUUUGUGUGUGAUGAUCAUUCUUCCAGGGCUUGGUUACAGGGAUUCUUCGGUCAGGUCGAUAGAGUAGUGAUGUUCAAGCCUUUCGACUUCAAUGCACUCGCCACCCGAAUCUCAAAUGAAAUGAACAAGUGCUUCCACAAAUUUGUGACGCCUGAAUGUGAUCUGGAAAUUGAUCAAAGGUUCAUGGAGCAGCUGCUAGCUGCGGAGUACUUAUCAGAUAAGAAGAGGACGGUGGAGGAUUGGAUAGCGCAGGUUCUGGGACGGAAAUUUGAGGAAGUCAGUAGGAAGCAUGGUGAACUGGGUUGUGAUUACAUCGUGAAACUUGCUGCCCUUGAAGAAAGAUCGGAUUUGGAAGAGCUCAAUCCAAGAGGUUGCCUUCCUCCACAAGUUAUUAUCAACUGA